UUGAUGGCCUCUGGCGCGCCUUGCGCGGGCUGGCGCAGCGCGUGAACGGCUUAGCGGUCGAGUUCGGAUCCGAGUGAAGCCGUGCGACGAGCGAUUCUUCCCACCACUGCUUAGUUGGCGCGCACAAGGUCUGAUUUUGCUGCUGCUCUCACCUCCAGCCUCUCGCAGUUUUUGGCUGCCUGAUAGCUCGCCUGCAUCAAAAGUCUACACGUACGCACUCCGCAGGCGGCUGACGAGCACCGGGAACUCAACUCCUGUGGCUCCCUUUGGUCGCCACCGCGCCCGGCGCGAAGCAAUCAGCAAAACACGCCAGGACCUGAUCUGUGGCACUGUGCCCGCCGCACCGCGCAACGUGUGAAGAAAGCCGCCUCCGCGGCCCCAGGACUCGCGCGCGGCACAGCGACGCCAAGAGCAACAAUGGUCCGUCCCCCCUCGACGCCCUGGCGGUCCCUCGGCCUGUCCGCCGGAGAACUAAAGCUGGCGCACACGCUGCCGACGGGGCAGGCGUUCGGCUGGCGGAGAAAUGGAGACGAGUACCAUGGCGUGUUAGGUGAUGCGGCCGUCGCGGUCCGCGAGCAUCCGUCCACGAAAUGCUGCGAGUGGCGCGCGGCCGCCGAUCGCGAGGCCGAGGCGAAACGUAGGUUAGACGACUACUUCCGCGUGUCCACGUCCUUCGAGGAGUUGUAUGCGGGCUGGUCGGCGUCGGACGAGCGGUUUGCCGCCGUAGCGCCCGCCGUCCGCGGCGUGCGCAUCCUGAGGCAAGAUCCUUUCGAGUGUCUGAUUUCCUUCAUUUGCAGCUCGAAUAAUAACAUCGCGCGCAUCACGCUGAUGUUAACACGAUUACGGGAAGCGUUCGGUACGAAGGUGGAGCUGCCGUCGCUCGAUGAUGGUGAAUCUAUCAUAUUACAUACGUUUCCUUCUCCUGACAAGCUAUGUGACAUAGACGAUAAGGUCCUGCGGGACCUCGGGUUCGGGUAUCGGGCGCCCUACGUCAUCAACACGUGCAAGACUAUUGCUGAAAAGGGUCCUGGUUUUCUGGAAGGAUUAAGGACGAAGACGCGGCAGGAAUGUAAGGAAGCUUUACUGGAAUGCAGUGGCGUGGGCCCGAAGGUCGCGGACUGCGUAGCUCUAUUCUCCUUGGACCAAGCAGCGUGCAUCCCCGUCGACACGCACGUCUGGCGGAUCGCGCGGCGAGACUACGAUGCGACCUUGGAGGACGUCGCGUCGAUCACUCCAACAGUAUAUGAGCGCGUCGGCGACUUGUUCCGGGACCGCUUCGGUCCGACGGCGGGCUGGGCGCACGCCGUGCUGUUCGCGGCGGAGCUGCCGGCGUUUCGAAGCGCGCUGCCCGCGGCCGUUGUCGAGGAAAUGGACGCGUUUCGGGACGACGAGAAGCGGGCGGCGAAGGAGGCGCGCGAGGCGCGCAAGGCCCGCGUCGCGGCGAAGAAGGGCGGGACGCCUCCAAAACCCGCCUCGAAGAAGCCCGUCCGGAAGGCGACGGUCGCGAAGCAGGCCGCGACGCCGCCGCCGGCGCCGGCGGAUCCGGAAGACGACGCCGACCUGAUCUGCCGGCCGAAGAAGUCGCCCGCGAAAAAGCCGUCGGCGCGGAAGCCAGCAGCCAAGCCGUCGUCGAAGCCGGCCAAGCCGGCGGCCCGGAAGCCAUCGGUGGCCAAGCAGGCCGCCAAGCCGGCGAAGAAGGCGACUGCUGCGAAGAGUCCGCGAAGCCGGCGGCCGCCGCGAAGCCGCGCGCCGCCGCGAACGCGAAAGCUCGGCGGAAGAAGGUGGCGCAAGGGAACAUCUCUAUAUAGGGCCACGCGGCGGGCGGUGGCGUCGCCACGGCGUCCCGCGAAUCCUAGUAUGUCAGUCGCUAGAUAA